CAUAAGCCAAUAAAUUAAAAAGUUCAGCAUGAUAGUUACAAAAUACACACACAGAGAGAGCAGACCAGGCAUAAAAAGGAGAGGGGGCCAUGGGCCACAUCUCUUUACUUUCACAGCAGAUUAGAAUAAAGGACUCUUCAAUCUAGAUAAAUCAACGGUGAGAUUCUCAUCCUAAAGUCAUAUAUGUUCCCUGGAGGAAGAACCACAGUUUCUGAUAGAGCUUCAUUCACAUUUUCAUCAAAGAGCUAACAAGUUAGAACUAUAAGAGCCCCACUCACAUUCCCAACACCCAAAUUUAGAAUCACAUAUGCUUGUUAGUAGCUGUAAUUCUACUAUAGAUAGCUCCAUGUCAUAAACACACCGUUCAAGUCUAAAGGUGCAUCUUUUGCUUCAAUCCCUUCUAGUUUCUAAAAUGAGCAAAACCCAAACCCAAAGAAAACCAAUCAUCACCAAGCAUGUCAGAGAAAACCAAAAGCCACAGAAAUCAGAGAAACAACCUUCAUGGGUAAGAGGGUUAUUGGCUUGUAGAAAUGUUGAAGUCCAACAGCAACAUCACCAGCAGCAGCAGCAGCAGCAGCAGAAGGAAGCUAAACCGCAACCGCGACCGCAGGAAGCGAAACAACUAAGGAAGAAGGAGGAGCAGAGGAAGGUGAAAGAGGAACGCGCCGCCCCGGAAGAAAACAGCAACAAGAAAUACAAGAAGAUGAAGUGUUCAGGUUCAUUAUGUAACAACGCUGGGGUCAUGGCAAAGCCUGUAACAGGAACAGGAACAGCAACAACACAAGAUGUUCAGAAGAAAAAGAACACUGAUGGUUCUAGCAGAUCCAUGAAGGCUCCUCUGGCUGAAAUCAAUGGACCUGUGUCAGCUUCAUCUUCUUCAUUGUCAGCAGCAUCUUCUAAUUCUUCUGGUGGUGGGUCUUUCAGAGCAAUACCAUUCAGGAGGCUCUCCGGUUGUUACGAGUGCCGAAUGGUUGUAGACCCUGUUCUUGGUUUCACAAGAGACCCUUCUCUGAGGAGUAGCAUUUGUUCUUGUCCUGAUUGUGGUGAGAUCAUGAAAGCUGAAAGCUUGGAACAUCACCAAGCUGUCAAACAUGCAGUGUCAGAGCUGGGACCAGAAGACACAAGCAAAAACAUAGUUGAAAUCAUAUUCCACUCUAGCUGGCUAAAGAAGCAAUCACCAGUGUGCAAAAUCGACCGCAUCCUGAAGGUCCACAACACACAGAGGACAAUCACCAAAUUCGAAGAAUACAGAGACUCCAUCAAAGCUAAAGCAACGAAGCUCCCAAAGAAACACCCACGUUGCAUAGCAGAUGGCAACGAGCUGCUACGCUUCCACUGCACCACUUUUGUCUGCUCCUUAGGCCUCAACGGCUCCUCCAACAUCUGCAACUCAACGUCGCAGUGCAACGUGUGCAGUGUGAUCAAGCACGGGUUCAAGUUCAACAGAGGAGGAGGAGGGAGCGGGAUCUUGACGACCGCGACCAGUGGGAAGGCCCACGACAAAGCGAGCAUUGCGCCGGAGGAUGAUAAUGACAAGAGGGCAAUGCUGGUUUGUCGGGUGAUAGCUGGCAGGGUGAAGAAGAACACGGAAGGUGGCAGCGGCAUGAUGGAGGAGGAGUAUGAUUCUGUUGCAGGGGAUGUUGGAGCCUAUUCUAAUUUGGAUGAGUUGUAUGUGUUCAAUCCUAGAGCUAUAUUGCCUUGCUUUGUUGUCAUCUAUAGGGACUAUUGAGUCCGUUUUGGAUAGCACUUCCGUGCAAUAUGAACGAACUUUCAUUGAGUGAUAACUUUGAACCGCUGCUAACAGGUAUCCGGACACAACAUUGUAUGCCUUGGAUUUUGUUGGAUUAGGGGUGUGAACCUUCUUUUCACAAUGUGACUUGCUUUGCCCAUUUUAGUUAGCUCUUUCAAGUUUUAGCAUCAUCUAGUUAGUGUUUGUUUGGAAACCAAUGAAUUUCUGACAUUAGGAGUAGAACUGAUUUCAGGAGUAGUUUUUGUUGGGGAAGAAGUGAUUUUAGGAGAUUUAAUUGUGAAUCCAAACAUUUUGUGAAUCUUAAAUCUAUGGUGUUUUGUAGGGGAAGUCAGUUUCAGUUUAAUUUUGUAUGUGUUAUUGGGUACCACUCCCUCCCCAAUCAGUGGCAGACUUAAUGUAUAUUACAUCAAUUAUUUA